AAGCUUUUGAUGUUUGAUUGGAGAGAAGAUGGCUGAUUCAAAAUAUCUAUCAACCCAAGAAACCACAAAUCUUGCUCGCAUUGUCCGGGUUAUCUUGGGUCCUUGCAGUGACAUUUUACGGGAUGUUCUGGAAAAAGAAAUAUCGGCCGAAAACCUUUCAAGCAAAGUUAAAUUAUUUAUUGCCGGCUUACCUAAAAAAACGAAACGUCCAAUUUCCAAGGAGCAGGAACUGCUUGUUUAUGGCGAAGAUUACAAAAAGUUUGAUGUAUCUUUGCUUUACUUUCUUUUACGCAAUAUGUGCUCAAUUUCAUCAUGUACACAUCAAUGGGGAAAGGAACCUAAUCCAGGUGAUAGGAGUCUGUCAGCAAACAUAGAACGAAUUCGCUUUAUACGAAACGAAUAUUACGGGCACUUUACGGACUUCUUACUUCCUAAUGAAGUUUUUGAACAAAAAUGGAAGAAGAUUUCUCAAAUUAUAAUAGAACUAGAGAGGGAUCUGGGAAGUGGAACCCGCUAUCAGGAGAGCAUGGCAGAAAUAAAAAUUUGUCAUAUGGAUCCGGAAAAGGAAAAGGAAUCAAUUAAAAAACUAUUAACGGUUAAAACAUUGCAACGUGAUGUUUCAAAUUUGAAAGUGAAAGUGAAAGAGAUUGAAAAAUCGAUCGCUCCUUUAUUGAAUAAAGAAGAUCCCGCCAAAGAAAAUGAAGAAUUGUUGGCUAUGGUGAAAGCAAUAUUUUCGCAACACAAAGCCAAAACAACUUCAAUGGAUAUUCGAGAGUUUGACGAUAAUUUUAAAAAAAAAUAUAAAAAAGAUUUCAAAACAAUGUCAAAAUUAAAAAUAUCUGACUUUGUUGAAAAAAACAAGCGCAUCCUUGAAAUAUCGACUGACAAACAUCAAAGAAAGAAGAUUAAACUAAGGUUUAAAAAGAUGUCAAUGAAGGGCAAACGGAAAACAAACACAGUAAGUCUUUUAGAUCAAACCAAUAAAGCAGACGAUUCAGAGGAUUCUGACUGUAUAACUACAGAAUCAGCUUGUCAAAUAACUGAAAACGAUGGUGAAGCUUUACAAGAUAAAUUGUUAGAGAAUGCCUAUUUAGAAUCCAAUAAAGGGAAACACAAUCUAAAAGUAAGUGAGAAUUUGUUUGACAGUGAUGACGACGAAACACCAGAGUCAAAAUGGACGGAAGUACGAAGGCACAAAAAUCGAUCGCCGGCUUCUGAUAACACGACCAAAGUUCAACCUCAAGUUCCUAAACAAGAGCAACAGGAUAUUAAUGAAAUACCUCAACAAUCAAAUUCCGAAGACAAACAUUAUUGCUUACUUGAAACACUGUUAAAAAGAAGUGAUUCUCAUGAUUUUAUCUUCAAACAAUCAGAGAAAGAUUAUACGAAUCACAAGUACAAGUUGGCUAUUGAUCUUGUCAGCAUGUGGAACAGAACAGGACGAACAAUUUCAUAUAUUGUUGUACGCCUUGAUCAAAGUCGGAAUUUGUCUUCGUUAAGUGAAUAUUUAUCUUUAGACAAUUUUACAGCAUUGCCUUACUUUCAAUAUUUUGAAGUUGGCCACACAGAUGCGUUUUAUGGAAUAUUUGAACUUCCGUCCAGUCAUGGAUCUGGUCAACCAGCUAUUACAAAAUCAAGAUUGAUAUGUCCCAAAACUGCUGCUGUUGUCUGGGAGAGCAAUCAGCUUUGGUUUAGAGAAAAUGACUAUCCAAUUCCUCUAUCACUAUCUGACCCAUUGCUUACAGUUAUAUAUAAAUGGUUUGCUGGGGACGAUAGUUCAUCAAAUUCAAAACCAGAUACAAGAACCGGAUAUUGUCAAGAACUUAAUGAUGAAGGCAAAAUGCUUUUGGGGUUGACCAUGGAUGUGCCAAAAAGUCCUUUAGAGAUAUUUAGAAGCACUAUCAGAAACUUUCGAAAAGGAAAAUAUGUUCUUUUGGCAGGAAAUUUGCCUACAUGGGUCAACAAUUUAGAAGCAAUUUCUACAGUGCCUUGGAUGUAUGUAUUCGACUUUGACCAGUCCAGUAGAGAAUCCGGACUUUUGUGCGUAAAUGAAAAUUUUAUCCGAAAACGAAGAUCACUGCAUCUCACAAACUGGCAACAACCACCAGCUGGGAUUACUGAAAAUGGGACAAAUUGGACUUUUUUGUGUGGCAGACGAGAUAAUCCAGAAAGUAUUCUACAAAAUUGCAAUAAUUUAAGAAGCUGGAUUCAGAAGGUAAGAGGAAAUAUAGAUCUACACAUUGAACAAAUUCAAAAAUAUAUCGAGGAAUACACAGUGCUUACAGUGCUAAUGAUUUGGCCUCAAGAUGAGCAAUUAGCACAACAUAUGCACAAGUUUUUAACCCUGCUGGAUGAUGGUUUGGAUCCAAAACCAAACAUAGUGUUAUGCAUUUCCGGUCAACCAUCAACAGGAAUCGGAAACUCGAUUUUUAUGGUACUAAAAAACGAGUUCGAGGAAAACUUGACAAUAAUUGAUUGUGAAGUGGAGCGCCUAUGUAGUUGUAUUUGUGAUAUUACUAAAAAUCAACAAAAUGUGUCAACAAUUAAAUAUUCUCUGCCGACUGCGGAUGAAGGAGGAGAUCCAUCAAUCGAAGACAGUAACGCAGCAUGGUUAAGAGAAGAGCUUGAAAUUUUAUACUUAUCAAAUCCAUACACCAAAUGUCAACAAGAUGUCAAUUCUCUCGAAGAAGAAGGAGAUGCAUUUUUCCGUGGAGGGUCAUUGCGUUGGUUUGCAUGGUAUGAACUUGGUGGUGGCCAUUUCGACGCUGAACGUGAUCUUAUGUCAUCCAUAACAAAGGAAAUCAAAGCAAUCAUAAAUGAGAACAGGUCGGCAGUUGUAACACUGCAUCAUGCUCCAGGAUCAGGGGGGACGACUUUGGCUCAGAGAAUUUUAUGGGAUUUUCAUAAGGAUAUUCCUUGUGCCCAUGCUAAGUUACGAUCAGCUUUACCUAUAACUUCUUUCAUUGAACGUAUUGAAGCAGUGUAUGCGAAAACACACAAACCUGUCCUUUUAUUGAUUGAUGGAGAUGAAGAAGCAAAGGUCAAUGAACUGAAAAGAAUACUAAUACUCAAUUCUCGCUGUUACAUCAUUAUUCUCUUUGUCAAACGGUGUCCAUAUUUUGCAAAAGGGAAAAAAUUUGUUUUAAAAGGUACAGUGUCCAUUCAAGAAGCUAAACGGUUAGCUAUCAAAUUUAGGAAUCAAUGUAAAGAAGAUGAAAAAAAGCAGAUGCAGUUAAAAAAAUUAUGCGAAGACGUCCAAAGAGGACAAGAGCAUCAGGUGUACGAAUUUGGACUUGCAACAUAUCUCGAUGAAUACAAAGGAAUCGAAAAAUAUGUUAACGGCUAUUUGAGGCCAUCUGCGGAAAAAACUGAUUGUUCAAUUGGUAGGAAUAUUCUUUGUUUCCUCUCCCUAGCAUAUUAUUAUGGACAAAUUUCUUUGCCAUUGCAAUUUUUCUGUGGUUUGAUUCAUAAACCAAAUAGGUAUGUUGUCAAAAUAAAAGACUUGCCAGAGCCCGUCCCUCAGUUUGUAGUGUUUGAUGAGAACGAAAGCCAGACAUCUUACAUUCGUGUUUGUCAUUAUCUAGUUGCUAAGGAAAUACUAGAACAGGUUUUAGGUGAUGGGUCAAAGCAGAGAUUUACAACCCUAAGUUUAUCUGCUAAGCGUAAACUUGGUGAAAAAUGUGAACAAUUUAUCGAAUAUGCGAGCAGAAGAAAAAAAAAAUCAGGAAACAUUGUUUAUAUUUUGACAAGAAUUUUUAUUUUUCGUGAUAAAAAUAGGGAUAUAGUUCAUUCAAGACUCAUUUCUGAUAUAGAUUCAAAGCCUCCAUUGCAUACGGAACGUUUGCAGGUUCUCAAGAAAUUAACAGAAGCUUUUCCGAAUGACCAGAACUUUCACGCUCAUCUCGGUCGUUUUUAUGCAUACUCGAGACCAAAUGAAGAUGACGAAGCUGAAAAAUGCCUACAGAAAGCUACAGCAAUAUGUGAAAAAUUGAUUGGAAACAAGCCUAAAGAAGAGUUGGAAUACAAGCUGUGUAUUUUUUUAAUGCACGUGUAUCACAUUUAUGGCACGAUUUUGCAAAAAUCUUCAAAAUAG